AUGGCGGAUGAAGCGGAGCAGAUUCUGGCGAUCAAUGUCAAGGAACCUUUGGAUUUGAUUAAAUUGAGCAUUGAUGAAAGGAUUUAUGUCAAAAUGAGAAAUGAACGUGAAUUACGCGGACGUUUACAUGCUUAUGAUCAACAUUUAAACAUGAUCUUGGGAGAUGCCGAAGAAACGGUAACGACUGUCGAAAUUGACGAAGAAACCUACGAAGAAGUCUACAGAACCACCAAAAGAAAUAUCCCAAUGUUAUUUGUCCGUGGAGAUGGUGUUAUUUUGGUUUCACCGCCCAGUAUGCGCGCUCACUCCCGCUUAAGCUUAAAAAUCACUUUUUUGGGCUUGACCUUGCUCUGGGCGUCAAGAUUGAAGAUUUUAUGGACCCGGUCGAUGUCCUGCUCAUCAACAGAAUAUAAUGACGCACGCUCAUCAUUAAAUAAAAUACCAGCAUUAGAAAAAUCUCUGGCAAUAUUUUUUCGUGGGCGUGAGAAAGUUAUUUGA